UGGCUAGCUAGGUCCUGUUGGGUGUAGCUCUCUCUCUCUCUCUGGCCUUUUUAGGGCCGGAGAAAGGAAAAAACAGAAGGCGAGAAUCUCGCUCCAUCUCUUCCACUCAAAAGGUAGUAUUGCAGGUGUGUAACUACCCUUGAAAGUCCAGGUUUUGAGUUGCGAAAUGGGGUACAUCGGCCAUCAUGGCAUUGCUGCCUUGCAUAAGUACAAGUAUAGCGGAGUGGAUAGGUCCUAUCUUGCGAAAUAUGUGUUACAACCCUUCUGGACUAGAUGUGUUCAUAUCUUUCCUCUUUGGAUGCCACCAAAUAUGAUCACGCUGACGGGUUUCAUUUUCCUACUCAUUUCAGCACUUCUUGGCUAUAUAUAUUCACCUCGGUUGGAUACAGCUCCCCCAAGAUGGGUGCAUGUCGCACAUGGAUUGCUUCUCUUCUUAUAUCAGACUUUUGAUGCUGUUGAUGGGAAGCAAGCAAGGCGGACAAAUUCAUCCAGUCCAUUGGGGGAGCUUUUCGAUCAUGGAUGCGAUGCGCUUGCUUGUGCGUUUGAAAGCUUGGCUUUUGGAAGCACUGCUAUGUGUGGAAGGAACACAUUCUGGUUCUGGAUUAUUUCAGCUGUUCCAUUUUAUUUUGCGACAUGGGAACACUUUUUCACAAAUACCCUUGUCCUUCCAGAAAUAAAUGGACCCACGGAAGGUCUGAUGCUGAUUUACAUGUGCCAUUUCUUUACGGCCAUAGUCGGUGCUGAGUGGUGGGCACAAGAUUUUAGGGUGUCUAUUCCCUUUUUGAGUUGGAUACCAUUAAUUCCUGAAAUCCCAUUGUACGGAGUCGUGUUAUUUGUAAUGGUUUUGGCUGGUGUUUUGCCUACUGUUGGAUACAACAUUUACAAUGUCUAUCAAGUUGUUCAAGCAAGAAAAGGAAGCAUGUUGCUGGCAUUAGCAAUGCUUUACCCUUUCCUUGUGCUCGUGGGUGGAGUUCUCAUAUGGUCUUUCUUGUCACCAUCUGAUAUCAUGGGGACUCAGCCACAUUUGCUUAUAGUUGGAACUGGAUUUGCAUUUGGAUUCCUUGUGGGAAGGAUGAUUCUUGCUCACUUGUGCGAUGAACCCAAGGGCUUGAAAACUGGAAUGUGUCUGUCACUGCUGUAUCUUCCUCUUGCCAUUGCAAAUGCACUCACUGCCAGCCUCAAUGACGGAAUUCCAUUGGUUGAUGAGACUUUAGUUCUUCUUGGGUACUGUGCAUUCACAGUAUCACUCUACAUGCAUUUCGCGACGUCUGUCAUCCACGAACUCACGACUGCAUUGGGCAUCUACUGUUUCAGGAUAACAAGGAAAGAAGCCUGAUAAGAACUUCAAUCUUCGAGAGCCACGGGUUUGUUGUCUUCCCAAAAUGCAUGUACCGUACAUAUAUGACUGAUGAUAUCAUUAAGUCGAGCGGAAACUGGAUGGAAAUGGCUGAUAUUCUGCUUAUUAAUGUUGAGGGUCUGGAUCCGUUCCGGCCCCACACAUGAUCAUAAUCCGCAGCCUGUUGUUCUUGCUAUUGGGGAUUUUGAAUGAGAGGAAAUAUAGUUAUGGUAUU